CUGAAGGGAACAAAAUGAACAAAACAUUAUUUUUGGCGGACGAUUUAUAAGAUACGGAAAAAGUUUUAAGAACCAAUUUUUUAAAUAUAUUUUAUUCAUAGUUGUUUACAUAUUCAUUCCAACAGUUGAUUAAGUAUUUACAGAAGAAAAUUCAGAAGGUGAUAAACAAUGUCUGCUGCUGCUAUGCAGGAAGCUGAAGUUGAAGAAGAUACUGAAUAUGGACCUCAAAAAAUUAAAAAAUUAGAGGGCAAUGGGAUUUCUGCUGGAGACAUAAAAAAGCUGCAGGAAGCUGGUUUUUACACAGUAGAAUCGGUUGCUUUCACUCCUAAGAAAUGCCUUUUGGCUAUUAAAGGCAUUAGUGAAGCAAAAGCAGACAAAAUAAUGACAGAAGCUAUGAAGAUAGUCCCGAUGGGCUUCACGACUGCCACAGAAUACCACCAAAAGAGGUCAGAGAUCAUCCAGAUAACGACUGGGUCAAAGGAACUUGACAAACUUUUGGGAGGUGGUAUUGAAACUGGUUCUAUCACCGAAAUUUUCGGGGAAUUUCGCACUGGAAAAACCCAAUUAUGUCACACUCUAGCUGUUACUUGUCAAUUGCCUAUUGAUUACAAUGGAGGUGAAGGAAAAUGCCUCUAUAUAGAUACAGAGGGAACUCUGAGGCCUGAGAGGUUGAUCGCCACUUGCAACCGAUUCAAUCUGUCUCCUGAUGCUGUUUUGGAAAAUGUUGCAUGUGCCAGAGCUUACAAUACAGAUCAUCAAAUGCAACUUCUCAUCCAGGCUGCAGCUAUGAUGACUGAAUCACGGUAUGCUCUUCUAAUUGUGGAUAGUGCCACUGCUCUGUAUCGCACAGAUUACUCUGGACGAGGGGAACUUUCUGCCAGACAGAUGCACCUUGCAAAGUUCUUAAGGAUGCUUCUGAGACUUGCAGAUGAGUUUGGUGUGGCUGUUGUCAUCACAAAUCAAGUAGUCGCACAGGUGGAUGGUGCUGCCAUGUUUACUGCUGACCCCAAGAAGCCGAUUGGGGGGAACAUCAUUGCCCAUGCUUCCACCACUAGAUUGUAUUUACGUAAAGGCCGUGGAGAAACCCGCAUCUGCAAAAUCUAUGAUUCUCCAUGUCUACCCGAGGCAGAAGCUAUGUUUGCUAUUAAUGCAGAUGGCAUUGGAGAUGCAAAGGAUUGAUUGACUUAAAUGGAAAAGAAAUCUAAACUGUAAAUAGUGUGUUACUAACAAGAUUCAGAACUACAUGGUAUUUUUUCCAUUUCAUGACAAGAAUUAACACUAUUUUAUUUGUAUGUAUUUUAAAUUUUGUAUAACUGAUAAUGAUGGAAAUGAAAUCAAUUAUUUUUCUGUGAGUUUUACUUUUAAGAAAAAUUCUGACAAAAUUCUUUUCCAGUGGAGAGAAUUGUUGUGACUUCAAGUUUCAAGGGAACAGUUAACUGUAGUUUCUAACUGUUCCAGAGUUUUCAGUUGAUGAGAAUCUAUGGCUUACAGUAGGGACCCUUCAAAAGCACUUCAUUUACAAAUAAAACAGUUUUUUUUUUGGUUGCAGAUUUUAAUUUUAUUACUAGAAACAAUAUUGUGGAAUCACUGUUUCUGUAAUAACAUACACUGUAGCAGAAUUGUAAUAGAUCUGCAAAACCAUAUCUAUUAUUUUAGAUCUGUUUUAUUCAUUUCCAUCCUUGACAAUUUUAUCAUGCAGCUGAAAUUAUUUUAAAGUACAAAUUAUACACUUCCUAAUCUAAUUCUUUCUCAAAUUAUAAUGCUAUGUCCAUUUGAAUUCUCCAAACAUCAGAAUUUAUUGAAAUUUCAUUGCUCAUUUUACUCUAGAUUAACAGAUGGAGAUGGAAUUAAAAUGCAAAAGUGGAUAUAAAAUAAUUAGCACGUUUAUGAUUGUAUCUAUACAUGAUUAUAUUAAUCUAGUUGAAUAAUAAUUUUUCAAAGUAUCUUUGCUGUUCUAAGAAUAAAAAAUCAUGAUCUUAUAAAAAUUAUUAAGAAAUUUUGAAGUUUAGGAAUACUAGAACUUUAAAUUAUUAACACUUUCAUUUUAACUAUUAAAAAUGUAUUUAUUAAUUAUAAUUUUAAAAAAUCGCUGAAGUUUUAUUCUAUUACAAAGAAUGAAAAUGUCUAUUGCAAUAAGCAUUUUAACUCAUGCAUGAUUCCAGAAACAGAGCUACAGAAAAUAGUCAUCAGUAUAAGCCAAGUAACAUACUAUUAUCCACAACAGUGGAAAAGGAUGAUAGUCCAACAAUCAAAAUGAAGCUGAGAUGUCUUAGGUCUUGAGUAAUGAAGAGAAUGUGCAGAUUUUCUAAUGCCUAUGGAUAUAAAAAUGCAUAUUCUGCCUGUUUAUUAAUUAUGUAUUCAAGGGAUAUUUUUUUGCCAGUGUGGAUUCUUUUUCCUUGGAAGAAAUUUUAUUUUGCUAUUCAGUAUGAUUAAUUUUUAAAAUUUUGUUUACAUAUCUUUGGGUCCUAUGAAAAUAUCACAUAUGUACUGAAUCGUUAAAUUUGACUAGUAUUACAUUUAAAUUUCCAAUUUUUAUCUUCAUUAGUUUUGUAUUAUUUAUGUAAAUAUCUGUACAUGUUUAUAUUUGAUUGUUCAAAUUUAAAAUUUG